AUGAUAACUCGAUCAAAGUUGAGCAUUAGCGUAAGCACUUUCGGCACCUUCUCAGGUUCGAUGACCAAACCAUCACACCCGCACACUCCUCUGCAGGGUCAUCGGAUCUGUCUUCUGAAGGAGAAGUCAUCAAUGUUAUACAAAGGCUGCGCACGCGACAAGACGCUUGAAAAGAAAGUUAUUCCUGCUGAAAUUUCAAAGUCUUGUGUCAAGAUUCUUGGAACCUGGAUUCAUGAGAUGGUCAAGCAAGAGUAG